UUCUACAGUCGUCCGUCCGUUUGGGCACUGCUGUGCUGUGUUGCAUUUCCAACCGCCACGUACUUACAAAGUUCCUCAAACUUAAAUAUGGAUAAUUUGACGGAAUUAGAUGACAUAAAUGCUGCAUUCGAGAAAAUAUGCGAGGAAGAGAAAGUGGUGGAUGAUGAGCUCAAGAAUCUUCUUGACCAUCAAGGGAUUCUUGAAAGCAAAAUGUCAGGCUUACAAAAGAUGCUACCAAAUCUCCAAAUCCUGGAGACAGACUCAAAACAGCUAUGUGGAAUGAUCUCAUUCACAUCGACACUGGCAGAGAAUGUGAGCAGCAAAGUCAGAAAGCUUGAUCUUGCCAAGAGUCGUGUUGUAGAGUGCAUGCAGAGAGUGGAAGAUAUUCUAGAUCUUAAGUUUUGCAUUGAUGGUGUCCAGACAGCUCUCCAGAAUGAGGAUUAUGAAAAAGCUGCUGGGCACAUUCACAGAUUCCGUAGCUUGGAUGAAACAGUGAUUCGUAUGAGUGCAGAGACCACUGAAGGAGGCACACUGAACACAUCGUUCAAAAUGCUGUACGAGGCUGAGGAAAAACUCAAAUCGAUUGUGCACAACAAAUUUGAUGCAGCUGUGCACCAGGGCGAUGUGGCCUCUGUGGAAAGAUUCUUCAAAAUUUUCCCCUUGCUGGGGCUAUACUCAGAGGGACUCACGAAAUUUGGCAAAUAUCUUGCUGCUCAGUUGUCUGAGAAGGCAGACGGGAACCUGAAGAUUGCUCUGCACCCAGACUCCACCGAUAAAAGAGCCCACGUCAUGUUCGCAGACACGUUGACACUAUUGUUUGAGAGUAUUGCUCGUGCUGUUGAGAUCCACCAGCCCCUCGUCGAGACAUACUAUGGUCCUGGGAAGCUGUUCCUCUUCCUCCAGAUCCUGCAGAAUGAGUGUGACCGACAGGCGAGAAAGGUGUUUGAGAAUUUCAAAAAUCACAGAGGCUAUCAGGCCAAGAUGAAGCAGGUCAGGCAGAACUUGACUACCCAGAGGCCAGCUGUUGAAAGGCUUGACCCAAAGGAGCUGGAUGUGUUGUUGUCUGAGAUGGUGCUCUUGUCCAGCCGCUCGGAGCUCUAUCUACGCUUCAUGCGCCGCAGAGCAACGAAUGAUAUUGAAGCUAGCCAGACCAGCGAAGGCGGAGACAAAGGUGAUGUGCAGGAAGUGGACCGCUUCUUCUCUUCUUGUGAGCUGAACAGGAUGGUGCAGGAGGUGAUCGGCAACUACAUCAUGUCUGAGGAGUACUUCAUGAAGGAGAUGAUCAUUAAGGCCGUGAGCAUGGAUGCGUUAGAGGAAGGUCAGCAUACAUCCAGCAUGGUUGAUGACACGUUUUUCAUCGUCAAAAAAUCUGUCAGGCGUGCAGUGUCCAGUUCGAGCGUCGAUGGUGUGUGUGCAAUGUUGAACCAUGCGUGUUCCAUCUUGGAGGAGAACUUUGGUGAGGUGCUGAUGACUCGACUGCGAGCAGGCUACCCCUACGGCUUUGACCUCCAACAUGCUUACAACAUUGUACAGUCGAGUUUCCAGCACGGGAAACUGCAGAGCUCCGACUCGGAGAAAAAGCAAGCCCGUGCCAUGUUUGUGACAUCAUUGAACAAUGCUGAAGUUAGCUGUGAUUAUUGUAAAGCUUUGAAAAGCAGCCUUGAGGAGGACAUUGUUAAGCUACAGUCGCAAUACACAGAGCAGAGCAAAGCAAAAUUGGAGAGCUGUUUAGGAGAUGUAAUAACGGUCUCCAGCAAGUUCAAGGACAUUGUGGACUUUGGCUUCAGCCACUUAGCCACGAGUGCCGUCAAGCCUCGGAUCAAACCGUUAGUGGACACCUUCCUCUCCACCAGCCACCAUAUCACAGAGGAAGACUUCUCAAACUAUGAAGCUAAUGAUCCUUGGGUACAGAAUUUUAUCGUCAACUUGGACACAACACUCAACACAUUUAAGGAAGCGAUGACGUCGUCCAACUACGACAGAUUUGCCACUGCCAUAUCAGCGGAAAUUACGCAGCAGUUGGAGAAAGCUGUUACCAAGACUGGCUUUAACAGACUGGGAGGUCUUCAGUUUGACAAAGAGCUGCGUGUUCUAGUGGGCUAUCUGUCCUCUGUGACCACCUGGACAGUCCGAGACAAGUUCGCCCGACUGUCGCAGAUGGCUACAGUACUCAAUCUGGAAAGGGUGUCGGAGAUUAUGGACUACUGGGGACAGAACUCAGGCCCUUUGACCUGGAGGUUGACCCCUACAGAGGUCAGGCAGAUUCUCAACCUACG